ACCGCCGCCGUCGCCGCCGUAACUAUCAGAGCCGUCGUAGCGCGUCGUAUAAUCUCUCGAGUGUGCCACGCCGCGCGAGUAACAGAUCAACGUCGGACAGAUCGAUCCACCUCGUUCGUUGACAGCGAUCGCAAGUGGCUAUCGUGUUAUUUCCAUAUCGAUGCUGUUAUUCCGUGCUGCGUGGACGCUGAUCGUACACGAGGCGACUAGCCGUCAAGAAGAAGACGAUACGAGGUGGUGAAUAGGUGCAGUGACUCGGAAUCGCGAGUUGAUGGUAUCGAGAUAGUGUUCGUUGAUGAUUCCAGCCGCGAGGAUUCUUAUUUCUGGCGUCUCGAUGACAGUUGCGAAUGACACUGGCGUAGAGACUUGUACGAGUGUUUGUAGCGAGUGCACGUCGUCGUGCAAAGGCAUCGGAACGAUUGACAGUGUUGACUACAGCGCCGGUGUUUCGUGUGCAUCGUGGCUGAUGAUUGAUCAUCGAAGACGCUGGUAAGAACAAGAGACCGAGUUUAAUGAUGCGUUUGUGAUAAAAGUGAAGAUUACGCAAAUAACAACGAUCAGGUGUUUUACGCAGAGGUGGACAAGUCGUGUAUUGAAUAAUUGAAAACUGGAAUACGCGUACCACCAUACGAUUGUGUACGAUUGUGAAACUCGGCAACUCGAGUGCAGUGCGUUAUGUGUCAUCGAGAAAUCCAAGACAUUGACUAGAGACUUUCGUGGGACAAUCAUGUGGACAUAAUAAAUAUCAUCGAGUGUGCUUCUCGUGUUCGAAUUAUCAGGAGCCCGAUAUAGCAUCCCCCCCGAGUAUAUCUCGAAGCAUUCCACGAGCGAUGAUAAUCAACGCGGUCUAUUGAGUUGUCGGCAUACGAUCUUCCGUUGCGUGGAACGGUGCGAUCCUUCGUCAACAAACGAAGCCCAGCAGGUCACCACGUUGGAUCUCGCGGCGUUGGCUGCUUACGGGGGCGUUUCGGGACCCAGGGUCGCGGUGGCGGGCACCGGGGUCCUCGCGCUACCCGGCUUGAUACCCGACAAGGGUCUAUCAUCGCCCGGAGGCCAGUCGAAGCCAAAGUCCGCAGGGCUGGCGGGUCUUGACAGCGAGGCGGUGCGCCGGUGGGUCGCGGAGGCCACGCGGACCGUCCGGCAAGUUCCGCCUCCGAUGGUUGUACCUACCAGUUCUCCGCAGCAACAGCAACAUCAUCGUCAAACGCAGCACCAUCAGCAGCAUCAUUCCACUCACAGGCAGCAUCAGGAGGCUAGCCCGCCGUCGGUGGGAAUCUCUCCCUUCGUUCUGCCGGCCUCGAUGACGCAGACCCCCAGUAUGCAUCUGCUGGAGAAUAACAACCUGGUCGAGGUCGCUAUGGCCCAGCAGCAGCAACAGCAACAGUCCCAACAGCAGUUGAUACAGAAGCAGAAGCAAACAAGUCCCACGAACAAUAAUACCAUAGAAGCAUGGAGAUCGAUUCAAGGCGGGCAUCAAUGGUGGAGUUCGCCGGCUAGCGUUCACCAAGAACAACAACAGCAACAACCGUCGAUCGCCCAGGUCUCCCAAUCGCCGAGUCUGGUGGCCGGAUCGGUGUGUGGCCCGAUGCAGAGGCAUCAGCAAGUGCAAUCGGAGAUUGAUCAGCCGCUCGAUUUCUCCGUUGGAUCCCUACAGCAGCAGAGGCUGCAUUCGCGCGUGAGGACUAUGCACGAAAGACAUCAGGGUAGGACGCACGACAACAACAACGGCACGGUAAGCAGCCAGAAGGUUACCAGGGGAGACGUUAGCAGGCGAAGCUACAGUCCCAGUGAAGCUAGCACCAGUAGCAGUGAAGACGAGGGUGUCUCAACCGGUGGCAGCCCUUCGGGACCUCUGCGGGGAGCUUCGGACUCGUGCGAACCCGUUGCGGAGCGACCUUACGGUAAAGUCUGGAUUGGCGACAAUGAGGUCGCGUGGCGGACGGACCAGUCUUUCAAGAGGACAUCACCCUUAAAUCCCUGUGCCACAACUACUACUACGACGACGACAGGUGGCGGGCCACUGACACAUCCCCACCUGUCGCCACCCGUAGCUGCCCCUAUUACCACCCCCGAUCAUAGAAGCCCCAGUAGCAUGCACGCGAAGCUCGGCAUCUCACCUGGCAGCGACGCGCUCGGUCGAAUCGAUAAGGAGGAGCCAGCCUCGCCAGAAUCCAUACAAGAUGCAGACUUACACGGCGAUGUUGACGGUCCAGAACUCAGCGGCGAUGACAGAAGCAUCACAAGUGACAUCCAUGAUGCCACCGAAGGACACUUUGAAAAUGACUCUAUGGACUCGGAUAAGGAAGCUCUCAAUUUGGUCACGGAUAUCUCGCAACGGAAUAGCAGUAGCGGUACCAGCGGCAGCGCGUCUCCACCGAGUUCUGUAGUCAGCAGCCAGCUUACGGGAAAUCAACAGCAACAACAACACACAUCUAGCCAGCAGAACAAUAGUAACUCGCAGGCAGCGUUGGCCGCUCAAUUGGUUGGCCAACAAUUGCUCAUGCACAGCUCUCUCGGGACAUUGAGAUCGCCUCAAGACAUCCAAGCGUUCGCCUCGACGCUGCAACAGCAACAAUCGUUGCUGCAACAACUCGCCAUGUUUCAAGCCAAUCCGGCGGCGGGGCAGCUUCCGGCGCAGACGCAGUUCUUCUUGCAAAAUUCGGGGCUGUUGCAGAGCGGUGGCUAUCCAACAAGACCGAGUCAUCCGCGCUCACAGUCCAUGCAGGUGCAGCAAGCGGUAGCUCAGGCAGCUCAACAGUUACAAGCUCUGCAGAAGCAGCAGGCUCUUCAAAACAGUGGUAGUUUAGUCGGGCGAAAUUUGGCGCAACGAUCACCACCACCGCCAAGCACCCCGCCAGCAGUAAAAUCGGUAAAGUUAGAACCCUCUCCAGAGGAGACAACGGAUCUCGAGGAACUCGAACAAUUCGCCAAAACGUUCAAACAGAGGCGAAUCAAGCUCGGUUUCACCCAAGGAGACGUUGGACUCGCAAUGGGCAAACUCUACGGCAACGACUUCUCGCAAACUACCAUCUCCAGGUUCGAAGCGUUAAAUCUUUCUUUCAAAAAUAUGUGCAAGCUGAAGCCACUCUUACAAAAAUGGCUGGAGGAUGCCGAUAAUUCCUUGAACAAUCCCAAUUCUCUAUCGAAUCCACUUACGACACCGGAAGCGAUCGGCAGACGGCGGAAGAAAAGGACGUCGAUAGAGACCAGCGUAAGAGUGGCUCUAGAAAAGGCUUUUAUCCAAAACCCGAAGCCUACAUCCGAAGAGAUAACUAUACUAGCGGAUAGUCUUGCGAUGGAGAAAGAAGUCGUUCGCGUAUGGUUCUGCAAUAGAAGGCAAAAAGAAAAGAGGAUCAAUCCGCCAACAGCAGCGAUGGGUAGCCCAACGAUGACGUCGCCCGCGCCCUCGGUGUUCGCCUCUAUCGCUAGUUCCAUGUCCGGUAGUCCUUUGGCCCUUACGACGCAUUCUUCCGGCAUGGGCCAUUCGCAUCCUCACCCGGCAUCUUUGAAUUCAUCUUUGCCUCUGGCUUUGGUUGCUUCGGCAGGCGGCAACUAUCAUCCGCUGAACAACAAGUCUCACGAGUGACAUCAGCAAGCGACCCAUCAAGGGGACGUUCUCUAUCAUCAGCAUCAUCAACAACAUCCACCGCAACAACAGCAUCAUCAUCAUCAACAACAACAACAACGACGCUUGUGCAAUCUACCGGAAUUUUAUCAUUAGCUCAUAAUUUGAUUUUUUAAAGCUAGUAGUUGAAAUAAUAUUUUCAAAAGAUUGGAUAAUUCAAAUCGAAAUUUAAACUACAAUUAGAUCUUCUUAUUUUUUUAUUCGAUACUGAGUAAAAGAAUUGCUCGUCUAUUCUUAAUUAUCUUUUCAGAUCUUAUUUAUAUUCCAAUAGAUUAAAAAAGAAAUCGAGAAUAGACAAAUUAACUCUCGAUCCCGUUAAGCAAAGAAUAUGAAAAUACGAUUGUACUUUAAAUCAAGAUCACAGCCAUUGAGAAUCAUCGAUAAUUGCAAUUUUGGUGAUAUCAGUUAAAAUUCGAUAAUAAUAUAAGACAUAUAAAGAGUUCACAAAAAGAGAGAGAGAGUGAAAGAGAGGAAAGAGAAUUCAAAAUAAAUAAUCAGUUUUACAUAAAGCUGAGAAGCGACUGAAUGUGUAAGUGAGAGUGUUAGUGAGAAUGUAAGUAUGUAAAAAUGAAAGUUAAACGAAAUAAUAUAAGUGAGAGAAUAGAUAAAUCGAUUGGUCAUUGAAUAAUCAGAACUUGUUAUAAGUAUCUAAUAAAAAGUAUACGAAGACACGCUGCGUUUUGAAUAAAGCAGAAAUUGAUAAGGGAGUUUUUUAUAAGUGUGCGAGUUCUUUCGGACGCACUAAUUUCUUUAGGAUGCACACUGAUGCAUAUUAAAAGUCGUAAAAAAAUUAUAUGAAGACGUAAGCAUAAUAUGCAAGUGGCCAAUUUCCCGUUCCACAUAUAUUAUUAUUGAUAUAUUAUAUUAUAUAAUAUAUUAUAUAAUUUAAUAUAUAAUAUAUAUUAUAUGUUAAGCAUUUAUCAAAUGGAAAGACCUUUAUAUCAUUUCUUUACAUAAAUAAUUGUCGAUAACAACCAAUUUUAAGAUGCAUCGGUGUGUACUAGAGCAUGCAAUUGCGUGCGCGAAUCUUUUAGGCAGUUAUAAGAAAUUAAUUAUUACUAUUUCUUUGAUAACUUUGGCAGAGUUCCUCAAAUAGAAUCAAUUCUAUUGUUUGAAGCUAUUCAACGACAUAUGAACAGAAAUGACAUUCGAAUUUUCUACGAACGAAACAUUCUGAUGUAAAAGUAUAAAUCGAGAAGUAGCAAUAGAAAAGGCUUAACAACUUUUGCAUUUUUAUCUUUUAA